AGAACAAAGUAUUCCGGAACGGAUGUUCGUAGCAAGGAACAGCUCUCUACACAUUUUGAACACGUCCAACACUUCCUAACCCAGCUCCCCAUCCCUCAUCUGUACACUGCCAAGGGUCAAAGGGUGAAACAGCAGUCAUGUCGUACGGAAUAGCACCUCCGAAGGACUUCAACAGUCUCAUCCAGACAUGCAGCUCCAACAUCCAAAAGAUCACACAGAACACGGCCCAGAUCAAAAGCAUGGUGAACCAGCUUGGGACAAGACAGGAUAACAGUGAGCUGCAGGACAAGCUACAACAGAUGCAACACUACACAAAUCAGCUGGCCAAGGAGACUAACAAACAUCUCAAAGAGCUUGGCUCCAUUCCCCUACCGAUAUCGCCCUCAGAACAGAGACAACAGAAAAUUCAGAAGGAUCGCCUCAUGAACGAUUUCUCUGCUGCACUGAAUAAUUUUCAAGCGGUCCAGCGUCGCGCUGCGGAGAAGGAGAAGGAGUCUGUGGCCAGAGCGCGAGCCGGCUCCCGUCUUUCUGCUGAAGAUGGUGCCCGUGAUGAACAGCUUGUGUCUUUUGAUAACCGUGACGACUGGGGUCAGACCACCACACAAACGGAGGAGGCUGCCAUAACAGAGGAGGAUCUUGAGCUUAUCAGAGAGAGAGAGACCAACAUCCGACAGCUGGAGUCCGACAUCAUGGACGUGAACCAGAUCUUUAAGGACCUUGCUGUGAUGAUUCAUGACCAAGGGGAGAUGAUCGAUAGCAUAGAGGCAAAUGUUGAGAAUGCAGAGGUCCAUGUGGAAAGAGGAACAGAGCAGCUGCAAAGAGCAGCUUACUAUCAGCAAAAGUCUCGUAAGAAGAUGUGCAUCCUGGCCAUGGUCCUGUCAAUAGUCGUCAUCAUCCUGGGCAUCAUCAUCUGGCAAGCUACCAAAUGAGGAAAAAUCUCUUUAUGUCUGUCUUUCCCUCUCUCUUUCUCUCAGUACCUUAUUUAAUUUAUUUUCGUUUUUCCCUCUCCGACUCUCGACCCCUUAAUGCGCACGCACGGGGAAUGGACAAGGUCUUUUAUCAGCUAUUUCAUGGAGGUCUCUGUCCGCCUCUAUGAGUGUACAGGGCUGGAUGCUGAAGGGAGACUUUUCAUAUGCAGUUAAGACAUUCCCGAGACAAACUGAAGCUAGGCUCUCCUCUUGGGCCGACGUUGUAUUUACAGUUGAAUGAAGGAGAGAAUAUAGUGGGGACGGGGAGAAGAAAAAAAAAAAAAACUCAGAUAAAGAAAUAUGAUUUAAUUAAUUAAGCUUGGUCUCAUUUUGAUUUCAUUAUCUAGUAUUUACUGCACUAACACUAAAGUUUGUUUAUCUCUUACAAACACCCCUCCCCCAAAUUCCAGUUAAUGUUGCAGUUAAAUCUAUUGUCGUGAAAUAUGAGGUAAGUAUGUGUGUUCAGCAGUGAAAUAUGCAUCAUCUUAUACCUCC